AUGGCUGACGUGGGGGAUCGCAUGUUCUGCCAUGCCUGUGGCGGCGUCUGGCUACGCGACGUCCAGGGCCUCAUCUGUCCGCACUGCGAGUCGGACUUCACCGAGAUAAUCGAAAUUCCCCCCGAUCCCGAUGCUGAGCCUCCCUCCCCCUCCCCCUCCUCCGCCCACCAGCCGCCAGCUCGCUCCCCGAAUCCCUGGGCCGACCACGACCCCUGGGCACACCAGGAAGACGACGACCUCGGCCACGGCUGGGGCGAUGCAAGUGGAGGCAGACGAGGAAGUGGAAGUGGAAGUCGAACUGGAAAUGGAAAUGGAAAUGGAGACGGAACCGGAUUCACCCACCGCACCUAUCGCUCCCCGGACGGCCGCUUCACUUUCUCAACCACCACCUACACCCACGGCUUCGGGGGUCGCUCGCCCCCCGCUCGACAGCCCACCGACCCGAUGAUGCCGAUGGUGCAGGGGCUGGAUAGCAUCUUCCAUGGCCUAGCCAGCACCUACCGACAGCAGAACCGGCCACCGACGUCGGUCCCCUCGUCGAACCCCACCCCGGACCGCGACCGCGGCCGCACGUUGGGAUCGUUCGAGUUCGACCUCGACGCAGAGGGCCGCACGCCCGGCUCGCAGGACGCCGGGCUGCAUCCGCGGGAUGCCGACGGGCCGCAGCCGGUGAACAACCCGCUACGCACCCUGAGCGAGAGCAGCAUCCUCGAGCUAUUCCGGUCGGACUUCGGUACGAACACGCAGACCGGCGGCGGCGUGCGCGUUAUGACGGGCCCCAACCCCCUGGCCAUGCUGUCGACGCUGCUCAACUUUGAUCGCCACGGAGACGCCGUCUACUCCCAGGAGGAGCUGGACCGGGUGAUCUCGCAGCUGAUCGAGCAGAACGCCACCCGAGGGGCGCCGCCGCCGGCGCCGCCCAUAGCCAUCCAGUCGCUGCCGAAGAAGAAAGUCGACAAGGAGAUGCUGGGCAGCGAGGGACGCGCCGAGUGCUCCAUCUGCAUGGAUGCGGUGGAGCUGGGCACGGAGGUGACCGUGCUGCCGUGCAAGCACUGGUUCCAUUACGGGUGUAUUGAGCUGUGGCUGAACCAGCAUAAUACGUGUCCGCACUGUCGGCGGAGCAUUGAUCAGUAG